AGCAUGGCUCGUUUUUACGUACUUUCGACAUAAUCUUCCAAGUAAAGCAUCCUUUCGUGCUGGCGCUUCGUUGCCUGUAAAAUGAUACGGCGCAGCCCGACGAGAAUCGACUUACGACUGGACGAUUUGCAAGAAUACGAGUCAAUGAGGAAAGCUCUCGAAGCUAAGAAAGAAUCUGAAAGACAGCCAACAUUCAAUCCUCCCUCGUGGGGUGGUAAAGUGCCGCAAAGUGAAAUCCAAGAACGCAUCGGUUAUAUGCCGCAAGAGAAUCAAGCUACACACUCUCGGCCCAACAUAUAA